GCGCACUGGUAGGUGAGCGCCCUCGCCCGAGCGGUUAGAGGCGCGGCCGUGUCGCUGGCGCCGCGGGAGAGGCGCUGGCUGCGCGGACACCAUGAGACCCGAGGCGGCGGCCGGAGCCCGGGAGGCGCGCGGGCGCGUCUGUCACUGCCCCGCGGAUGGUCCCCGGAGGCCACCGCCGCCGCGCGGGCCCGAGAGCACCACACCAUGGAGACCUUGGAUCCUCACAUCCCGAGAAGCUGAGCUGACCAGAACUGGAAGCCGGCUUGAACCUGGAGGUGACCCACAAACUCCGGGAUCAAAGGGGGCCUUUGGGUUUCAGCAUCCUGUAAGCAAAAGGAGCCACUCCUCCUCAGAGUAUUUUUACCCUGGUUAUCCCGGAAGACUGAAAACUGUAGUAAGAUCCAGAGAUCCUCAUUGCUGGAGAUGAAAUCGAAAGCCCUUCCGACUGGUCAAAGAGUGAUUUCUGGAAAAGGAAGCUUUUCCAUCCCCAUAGGAUCACUUGGGAAGCUUUAUUUUUAUUUUAUCUUUUUAUUAUAAAAAAAUUUCAAUCUUACACACAAGUGGAGAGAAGAGUCCUGGGACCCCGCCCCCAACAUGCCCAUCACCAGCCUCAAUAAUUAUCAACAAUUUUAGAUCUGAUGGUGUUUAUCACCCUCUCCCAAUUAUGUUUUUAUUGUUGUUAGAAUUUUUUUUUAAAGAUUUAUUUAUUUGAGAGAGAGAGUUCGAGUGGGAGGAGAGAGGGAGAGGAAGACAGAGAAUCCCAUCCAGACUCCCUGCUGAGCACAGAGCCCAGUGCUGGGCUCAGUCUCACGACCCCCCACCCCGCCCCCUACCCCCUACCCCUCCACCCCCCACCCAGAUCAUGACCUGAGCGGAAAUCAAAAGUUGGAGCUUAACUGACUGUGCGCCCUGGGCGCCCCUGUUAGAAUUUUAAAUCAGUUCCAGGCAACUUACAAAUUCAAAUUCUCCUGUAAAUAACUUCAGCAUUACAGGCUAAUUUUUAAUAUGGCCAAACCCUAAACUAUGUUUAUAUUUCUGUCGUUAUCUGUAAUUUAUAUAAUAUAGAAAUACAUAUAAAUUUAAAGAAUAACACACACACACACAAAAUAGAGAGAGAGAAAAAGAAAACCGUAUAAUGGUUUUAUUUGUUGCAGUGGUCGUUUGUUGCAAAGUUCCUCAACCCCAGCACUGCCAACACUUUGAGCUGGACAAUUCUUUGUUGGAAGGUGCCGUGGUGGGUAUGAUGGGAUGUUUACCAGCGUCCCUGGGCUCUGCUCACUCAUGCUGGUAGCUCCUCCUCCGUCAAGGCGACCAGAAAUGUCUCCAGACAUUGCCAAACGCGCUCUGGAGGUUGAGAAUCCCUGAUGUCUCAGGAACCUUAGGAAGGUCAGAAGGGUGCUUGGGUGGCUCUGCUGUUAAGCAUCUGCCUUUGGCUCAGGUCAUGAUCUGGCCUUCGUCCCCUCCCUCGUCCAACUCCUUGCUCAGCAGGAAGCCUGCUUCUCCCUCUCCCACUCCCCCUGCUUGUGUUGUCUCUCUCUCUCUCUAUCAAAUAAAUAAAUAAAUAAAAUCUUAAAAAAAAAACUUAGAAAGUUCGGAAUCGUCACACAUUAUUUAUAAUAGGGCAUUUUCUUUCUCUCUUUUUUUCUCCAUCCAAGAGAGAAAUUACAGUCAGCUCUGCAGGGGUGCGUGGUUGGCUCAGUUGGUAAAGGAUGUGAUUGGAUGUCGGAAUUGUAGGUUUAAGCCCCAUGGUGGGCGUAGAGAUUAUUUAAAAAUAAAAAAAUAAAUCAGUUUUGCAAAUAGUGGUGGUCAAAUAAUAAUCCCUCUCAGUUCCUCAGAAGACCUCAAGAAAAAAUGCAAAUAAAUUAGUGAAUGAAAGGUGUAAGAAUGAGGGAUUAUGGGGAGACUGAGGGGUAUUUUAAACACUUUACAUGAGGGGCUCCUGGAUGGCUCAGUGGGUUUAGCCUCUGCCUUCGGCUCAGGUCAUGAUCUUGGGGUCCUGGGAUCAAGCCCUGCAUUGGGCUCUCUGCUCCGCAGGGAGCCUGGUUUCCCCUCUCUUUCUGCCUGUCUCUCUACCUGCUUGUGAUCUCUCUCUGUCAAAUAAAUAAAUAAAAUAUUUUAAAAAUAAUAAUAAUAAUUAGCUGCUUCUCUAGACUGGGGUUUCAGAGCCAGAUUUCCUCCAGAGCCCAAAAGGUCACAAGAUUCCCCAGACUUGGGGGUGUUGCGGGGGAUAAGGACCUAACCUAAAUAAGACAUAUAUUCUCCAGGAUAUAUGACAUUGUCUCUUUGAUCAAAAUGAGACUCCUCAACAUGAAACUCAGUGUUUUAAUUUCCUUUUACCUUCACGGAGGCACACCCUCUCUCCCAUGGUGGUCUAAAUCAAUCUGUUCAUCCCGAUUAUAGGCUCAUUUCUGAACUGGUGUGUAGGGUUCCUUUGAUCAGGUCUCUCCACCUGCCCACGGUUUUGCGUUCUGAUGAUUUAGGAAACACUGUGCGCAGCGAAGGCAAGAUCAGAGAGGGAGACCGGGGGUUAGCCGCCUCAAGGGGAGAGGACCCGCUAGAUGGGAGUUUGCCUGUUUCUGGGUGUAUUAAUGGUGUAUUUGUUUCUUAAAUAUUAGACUUUAUUUACCCAUUUCAAAGCGCCAAGAGUAUCUGCAAAGUUCUGGGGAAAAAGUGCUGGCCAGUUUCCCAGUGCAAGCCACAAUCCACUUCUACAACGACGAGUCCGAUUCAGAUGAUGACGAGCAAGAGGCAGAAAAC